AUGUACAACUCACCGCUGUGGUCUGGAGUGCUGGAGACUGUGACAGACAUCACAAAGUUCGUGCAAGUUGAUCGAGCUACACAGGACAUAUAUGAAGAAGCAGGGCUAGGGGGAUCUGCGGAUGUUUUUAGUGGGACGUAUAUCAACCAAGGUGGGAAUGUAACCAAGGUUGCCAUCAAAUGCAUUCGACCUUUUAGGCACGAUACUGGAAAGAGUGAUAACAUACAGAUCGAUAGAAUCCAAAAGAAAUUACUGCGUGAAUUUGAGAUUUGGCGUAAGCUCAGUGGAGGAGUCAAUAUUAUUGAGCUUAUUGGAAUAAUGAAUGGAAUCGGACCACUACCGGCUUUUGUAUGCGAGCUGUGUCCGUGGAACCUCCAAGAUGUAAGUCACCUUGGCCAAUUGAUUCAACCACUCGCCAGUGGCGAAAUGACAGUCGUACUCCAAUUAGUAUUUAGAAAGGAAAACGCCACCACCUCGACAUACCAAAAUGGUACCGACCUCAAAAUGACGGACACACUCCGUGGAUUGAGUUAUAUGCAUGAUUUUGAAACCGGUCCGAUUGCUCAUGGCGACAUUAAAUUGAGCAAUAUUUUGGUAACUCCCAAUGAGACGGCACUUAUCUGCGAUUUUGGUCGCUCGACCCAGCCCCACGAUGGACCAAACGAAGUUAUUGUAUCUGGCUCAUCGCCGUUCGCAGGGACGGUACGAUAUAUGAGCCCUGAACUUUUCGUACCCGAAUUGGCAAGACCUAGCCCGGCAGCGGAUAUGUGGGCAUAUGGCUGCAUUGCGCUCGAGGUAAAAAGAGUUGCCAUGUACGGUGCAUACAGUCAUGCUGAGUUUGAACUUUCGGCAGAUACUUUAGGUGGCCAUCCUCCGAGCAGUCGUCCCCACGGCCCAAGAGGAAGUUUAAUCAAUGACACCCUGUGGAACGUGCUUUCAUCCUGUUGGGCUGCACAGGAUUGGCGCCCCACCGCGCAGUUAUUUCUCGAGAAAUUGACCCUCAUGUUACAGAGUGGAGAGAUUCCGAGCUCGCCUAUCCCUAUGGACGUAUUCUCUGGUUUCGACAGCGAGUCUAUACCUUCAUGGCCCAGUGAAAUCAAAGACUUCGAUGGGAAACUCGAAUUCCUCAUUCAGGUAUCGACUAGUCUUCGUGCUACGGUAUGGGCGGCUAAUCUUCAAAACGGCAAGGAUGUAGCAAUAAAAGUUCCGCGGUUAAAUGCCAGUAUACAAAACAAGGCCCGCCACGAUCAACUGAGAUACGUUGUACGGAAAGUGAUUUCAAGUCGACUUGGGGUCCGCCACCGCAAUAUCAUUGAUCUACUGGGGAUCACCUCCGAAUUUUCGCCACACGAAGGCAUUGUCUUCGAAUCUUGUUUCCGUUGGAACCUUGUGACGGUGAUCAUUUCCGUCCACCUAUUUAAAGCCCCACCCAAAUCUGAGACUCCUUCCCAGUACGUUAAAGAAAACCCAGUAAUCCAGGAAGAAUACACUUUACGCAAAGGUCCUAUGGUAAACACCUAUAGCUUGAUGUGCGACAUACUUGAGGGUUUGAGAUACAUGCAUAGCUUUCCGAUCCCAAUUCCCCAGGGUGAUUUGAUACCUGAGAACAUCUCUAUAGACAGCGAUGGCACCGCUAAAAUUAGCCUGUUCAGCUUCGGGAGGGUAUUGGCUACUUUGCCUUCCGGUGUUGGGGCGACAGCCUCUAUAGGCCUGGUGCUCUCUCCCCGCUGGAUGAGCCCAGAGCUUUUAGUCACAGACCAGCAACCCACAACAGAGUCCGACAUGUGGGCUGUUGGUUGUAUAUGUUACUGGAUCCUUACCGGUAUGAAACCUUACGCAACUUUUAGUCGCGAUGAUUUUGCAGGGGUGGAAAGUAUUGGGGGUCGGCCGCCGGCUACAUUGGCUAGCGUAUACCACCGCUACACUUGGAUCACGAAUGGAAUCUGGAGUGCGAUUGCUGGGUGCUGGAAGCACGAUCCCCUAUUUCGGACGAGCGCCAGAGAUUUUCUUGAUCUCUUGAAAUCUCUAGAAGGAAGGAAAAUUCCGUGGCUACCAACUAAUGUAAUAGACUUUGCCGGAAAGAUUAGGGCUGACUCUUCUCAGUAUCAACAAAACAAUACGGCGGAAGACCACUCAUUCAUAUGGAAGAAUUUUGACUUAAAAAAUCCAGAAGUCAUAACGGAAGUGCGUAUCAAAAUGGCAUUAUACGAAGCCACAUACACACCAAAAUGGUACUCUAAAACUUUACCCAUUCGAAUCAAGAGGGGACAUGGAUCCAAUGAUGCUGAAGAAGAAGCCCUUAUAUCAACCAUUCAACACGAAAUAACUUUGAUGGCUGGAUUGAAGCAUCCAUGUAUCCAUCAGUUACUUGGGGUCGAUUCCAGCCCUACGCAUAUAUAUAAGCCGGAUAUGGUAUUCGAGGCUUGUGGGCAUAUAGUGCUUCACCAAGUGGGUGACCUCAUGGCCACUGACGUACGAGUAUUGACGAUCAACCAGUUACUAAACCAAGAACAAAUUGGCCUUCGUCGCAGCGCCCGGAUUCUUGUAGAUGUUGCUUCAGCCUUGGUUUACCUGCAUGAACACGCAGAUGGUCCAAUAGCUCAUGGUGAUAUUAAACCGGAAAAUAUAUAUGUACUCCCCAACGGAAGCGCUAAGCUAGCUAAUUUUACAUGCUCAUUUCAGUACAUCUCAGGGCAGGCAUCCUCCUCUGGUCACUUAUCGUCGACGAUCACUAUAUCUGAGCGAUCUUCAUUGUACUGUGCUCCUGAAUACUAUAACCGAGGUAGCGGAAACGAGCGGAUUUUCCCAACCUUUUUUGGAGACAUAUGGAGUUUUGGAACCGUUACACUAAGCGUACGUCUUUCGUAG